AUGAUCAUAAUGAGUAGUAUAUUAAAGAUAUUGAUUAUGAUUUCAAUAUGGAUCCGGUUAACAUGGAGUCAAUUAAAUUAUUGUUUAAAACCUAUUGGAUGUUAUCAUAAUGAAUGUUGUUUUAAUAUUAUAUCAAAAACUGGACCAAUUUGUGAUGUAAUUCCUGGAUGUGUUAGUGAUUUUCAACCAGAUUGUUGUAAAAAUAGUCGAUCUAUACAUACAGAUUAUGGGAUUAUGUAUGGUUAUGCUAUUUCAUUAGAUAAUGAAUAUGGAUAUCAAGAGAAUGGGAAACGUUACCUUCAGAUUUGGAAAGGUAUACCCUAUGCACAUCCACCAACACAAAAGAAUAAUUUAAGAUUUCGUCGACCUAUUCCACCAAUUUUAUCCAAUCAAAAAUAUGAUGCAACUUAUUUUCGAUCUGCUUGUUCUCAACCAAGUUUAAGUUCAUCUAGUACAUCAUUUCAUGAAUGGUCCAAGUAUUCAUAUGAAUGGUUUCAACGUUUUACAUUUGAACCAAUUCAUAAAGAAUCUUCAUCUUAUAAUGAAGAUUGUCUUUAUUUAAAUAUUUAUAAUUUAUAUGAAACAGAUACUACUUAUUUAAAGGAUAAUAGUAAUAAUAAUAAUAAACGAUAUCCAAUUAUUGUAUUCUUUCAUAGUUAUGAUCAUUUAAUUGGAUCAGUAAAUUAUUAUCCUGGACAUGUUUUAGCUCAAUUAGGAUUAGUUGUAAUUACAGUGAAUUAUCGUUUAGGUCCAUUUGGUUAUUUAGCUAUAAAUAAACCAUAUUCACAUGAGAAUAUCAAUACUAAUGAUAAUAAUGAUCAGGAGGAGGAAAUCUUAAUGGGAAAUUAUGGAUUAUGGGAUCAAAUUAGAGCAUUGGAAUUUAUUCAUGAACAUGCUGAUAAAUUUCUAGGUGAUCCUAAUCAAAUCACUGUAAUUGGUCAUGGUUCAGCUGCCGCUGAUGUUGCACUACAUUUAUUGUCAGAAAAAUCAGGUCGUAGAAAUCCACCAUUAUUUCAUCGUGUUAUUCUUAUGUCCGGAUCUGAUCAAAUGGAAGGUGGUUUUGUUCAAAAUAUCAAUGAAUCUGAGGCAUAUGCUAAACAAUUGGCUUAUCAGGUUGGUUGUGAUGUUUCAUCAAAACGUUCAAUGAUCCAUUGUUUACGAUCUCGUACAUCUACAGAAAUAUCAAACGCAGCAGCUAAAACAAGAAUUCAUCGCCCUAAUUGGUUGACAAAACCAUGGGCACCAACUUUAGAUUAUGAUUUUAUUAUGAAUACACCAAAAUACUUAUGGAAUAAUGGUCUUUAUGCUCAUAUACCACUUAUUGGUGGUAUGGUUGUGGAUGAUGGUGUUUUUCAUGCAUUAGCAUCAAUUUAUCAGUUGGAUGUCCCAAUAAGUUGGAAUUUAAUAAAUAGUACACAUAAUAGCGCUUUGGAUUCCUUCGAAUUGUUGAAUCCAAAUCCUGAAUUUUCUGGUAUGUCAAUUGAUUUAAUGCGUUCAGGUUUCAUGGAAAUGGUGAAAAAUGAUUUUGCACUGGAUCCAAUUGGUAUUACAAAUUCUUUACUUUUUCAAUAUACUUACUGGCCAAAUAAAGAGAAUCCAUUUUCACAUUGGAAAAUGUAUCGUUCUGCUUGGACAGAUCGUUUUAUUGGUUCUGGUUUAAUUCAAACCCUUCAAUAUCAUUCCAAUCCAAGAUUUGCUAAAAAGAAAUUACAAUCACAAACAAAUCAAUAUUUACCCAUUAAUCAUACACAAAUGUAUAUUUUUGGUUAUCAAUCCAAAAAUGAUUUAUGGAGUCAACUAAUUGGUAUCUAUCCUGGUUCAGAAUUACCAUAUUUAUUUGGAUUACCAUUAUUACAAUUAUAUAAAACUAUAGAAGAAAUCAAUAAACAAUGGUUAAUUGAUUUAAAUCUUAAAUCCCCUAGUUAUCAAUAUACAAAUCUUGAUAUAAAAAUGAGUAGUUAUAUAUUAUCAUUAAUAUCGAAUUUUGUAAAAUCAUCAAAUGCUACACCAGAACCAUUACGUAAUAUAACAUGGGAUACAUAUCGUAUUGAAAAUCGAACAUAUUUAUGGUUAAAUUUAACUGAUAAUCUUAUUUUAUCGGAUGGAAAUUAUCAAUCAUAUUUAGAAUUAAAAAGAAUCCAUGGUGAUUUUGAUUUACAACAAAAUUAUCGAAUGAAUACAUAUUCAUAUUGGAUUAAUUUGUAUAAGAAACAACUUCUAUGGUUACCAAGGACUGCAAUUGAUCAGUCUCUUAUUGUUUAUUUAUAUAAAGAUGCAUUUCAUUUCUAUCAAUUACAACAGUAUCAUUAUUGUUCUGUCAUCAUGAAACAAGAUGAUCCAGAAGAUUUAACUAACAUAUAUACAGAAGCGGAUGGUAACUUGUACAAAGGAUUAACAACAGUGACACCAAGAGAUAAAUAUAGAUUUUAUCCUUAUUGUAAGAAUUCAGCCAACCAUUCACAAUCUUCUUCCACACCAUAUUAUCAUACAAGAGCAAGUUAUUCAAAUGAACCAAUUCAAAUUCAAUCAUUGAAUUUAAAAAUGAUUAAAUCAAAAAGUAGUCCAGGAGUUUCAAUAAACAAUGAAGCAAUACUGACAUCGCCAAUGAUAACAUCAACAAAUGUUUUAUCAUCAUCAUCAUCAUCAUUAUCUAAUUUAAAACAUAAAGAAAUAACAACAAUGAAUGAACCAUUAUUAGUUGCACAAUAUGAAAAACAAAUAUCUCUUGUAGAUAAUCAACUUGAUCAUCAUCAUCACCACUAUCAUCAUCAUCAUCAUCAUCAGCAGUACCAACAGUUAACACAUUCAUGGAGUAAAAAAAUCAAACCAAAUUGGAGAUCAGAACCAUCACAUUUAUUUUUUAAUUUGAAUUAUAAAAGAAAGAAUACAUUUGAUAAUAUACAUCAUUCAAUGAAUUAUCAAUUUAAUGAUUAUGUCUAUAAUAAUCAUUCAUUAAAUCAUUCAAAAGUACCUUAUUUACCAAUAUUAUAUAAUAGUUUAGAGAAAAUUCAUAAAACAACAACAACAACAACAACAAGAACAACUGAUUCCAUGAAUACAGUACAUCCACAUCAUCAUUACGAUCAUCAUCGUCAUCGUCAUCAUCAUCAUCAGUGUAACAAUGAAGACUUGAAUAAGUAUUCAAAUAUCCAUUAUCCAUUUUCACAUGAUAAUAAUCUAUCAAAAUCCGAUUAUAUUCAAUCAUCAUUAUCAGCAUUAUCUGAUAACUAUUUAAAACAUCCAAAUACAUCAACCAUGAAUAAUGAUUUAUUAUGUAAUACACAAAAUAUUACAAAUCAAGAAGUUAUAUUAUUAUCUAAUACAUUAAAAUUAAUCAAUACUAAAUCUAAACGUGCAUUAAUUAAUGUUGGUGGUAUUAAACAUGAAAUAUUAUGGAAUAUUGUUGAUCGUUAUCCAAAUACAAGAUUAGGUAAAUUACAUUAUGUAACUAAUAUUAAUGAUUUAUUAAAUUUAUGUGAUGAUUAUAAUCCAAUUAAUAAUGAAUAUUAUUUUGAUCGUAAUCCAAUAAUAUUUUUUAAUAUAUUAAAUUUUUAUCGAUCUAAAAAAUUACAUUAUAAUGAUAUGAUAUGUGUAAUUGAUUUUAAAGAAGAAUUAUAUUAUUGGGGUGUAAAUGAAAAUUUUAUUAAAUCAUGUUGUUCACAUCGUUAUCAUCAACAAAUUGAUUUAAUUGAAGAUGAAAUAAAAAAAGAAGAAAAUUGUAUAAGACAAAUUACAUUAAUUGAUGAAUUUGGUAAUAGUUGUUAUGAUAAUAUAAAAAGGCAAGGAUGGAAUUUAUUAGAGAAACCGCAUACAUCUGGUGCUGCUAGGGUAUUUGCAAUUGUUUCAAUCAUAUUUAUCCUAUUAUCUACAAUCAGUUUAACAUUGAAUACAAUGCCUGAAAUACAACUUAACACUACAAUGAUCAAAUAUAUUGAGACAGAGCUACAUAGUGAUACAGAUCAUAAUACUACCAAUACUAAUACUACUACUACUACUACUAAUACCACACAUCACUCACCGAAUGAAUUAACUGAUAAUCCAUAUUUAGAUAUUGUUGAAACCAUAUGUAUUUCAUGGUUUACAUUAGAAUAUGUACUACGUUUAUGGUGUUCACCGAAUAAGUUAAAGUUCCUCAAACGUAUUCUCAAUAUUAUUGAUUUAAUUGCUAUAUUACCUUUUUAUAUACAUGUAUUACUGGUAGAAGUUGUCACAAGGCAUCAUAAUGAAUCAUUACAUUCUUUAAGAAAAAUUGUACAAAUCUUUCGUAUUCUACGUAUUCUACGUAUAUUUAAACUUGCUAGACAUUCAACUGGUUUACAAGCCCUUGGUUAUACAUUUAAACGUUCAUAUAAAGAACUUGGUUUACUUAUGUUAUUAAUUGCAUUAGGUGUUGUAUUAUUUUCUAGUUUAGUAUAUUUUGCUGAAAAAGAUGAAAAUUCUGAAAUGUUUCGUAGUAUACCAUCAGCAUUUUGGUGGGCUACUAUCACUAUGACAACAGUUGGUUAUGGUGAUAUGUUACCAAGAACAAUAUUAGGUAAAUUAAUUGGUGCAUGUUGUUGUAUAUGUGGUGUAUUAGUAGUAGCAUUACCAAUACCAAUUAUUGUCAAUAAUUUUGCUGAUUUUUAUAAAGAACAUAUGAGACGUGAAAAAGUUUUAAAACGUAAAGAUGAAUAUGAUAAAUUUCAUCGUAAUGAAGAAUUAAUCAAUAAUGAAAUUAAUAAAAGUGCCUUUUUUGAAAAACAAAAAAAAAUCAAUCAAGAUAUUGAAAUUGAUUUAUUUAAACAAACAAAUUAAUUACUUACUUAUUUGGUUACUUACGCCUGUUACCACCCACCCCCUUCGCCAAUGGAGAAUAGGCUACCGACCAACAUUCUCCAACCCCCCUCUGUCCUGAUCCUUCCUUAUUAUGACUUACUUACUUACUUGGUUACUUAUGCCUGUCAUCCCCUCUCUUGCCAAUGGAGCAUAGGCUACCGACCAACAUUCUCCAACCCCCCCUCUGUCCUGAUCCUUCCUUAUUAUUGUUUAAUUAUUUGAAAAUAACAGUAAAGUAUUUAUCAUAUGAAUAAUAGAUUGAAAAUGGAUCCUAUAAUGAGUUCAAAAAGGAUCAUCAUUUCAAGUUCAAGUGAAUUCUUAGAUCUAUAUACAUAACUGCUAGAUUGAUAAAAAAAGAGAAACUGUUUGAAAACUUCUCUUUCAUUGAUUAUUUUCUUUUCUUGUCUAAAAAGAAAACCGCAUAGUUACUCAUAAUUAUUCGCAUAUUAUGUAUGUAUAAUAUGCUUACUAUUAUUAUUACUAUUCUUGUUACUAUGCAAGAUAAUUAGAGUAAUUUAUUGUUUUCUUUUGCAUGAUAUUAUUUUUUAUUUUAGCUUAAUACUUAUUAUUUUAUUGUAAUAUAAUGUAUACGAAUCAAAUUAGAGAGAAAAAAACAAACUACUUAUUCAAGAUAUAAGUAAAUAGAAAUUCAUAUAAGAAAAAAA